UGCGCGCCUGGGAAACGCCACUGUUUCAAACUCUUGACAGUUCAUCGAGGAACGUAAACAAUAAAAAAAGAGUUUGCGGACAAGUACAGCAAAGUAGAAGUGCGCACAGAGACUGACAUUUGAACAUCUUCAUUAAAAUAAUAGGGCUAAUAACCGCAAAGGGGAUAUGGUGUUGGACAUGUGAAUUAUAGGAGUUACUUCUACCUUUCUGCCCAAAAUGAAGCUGGCGUCUUCUCCGUGUUUGUUUGGCUUUCUUCUGACUUCAGUCGUGUUUCGGAUGAGCACCUCUCAGUCAGUGUGCACUGGGACGGAAAACAAGCUGAGCACCCUGUCAGACCUGGAGCAGCAGUACCGCACCCUGCGCAAGUACUACGAGAACUGCGAAGUCGUCAUGGGCAACCUGGAGAUCACCAGCAUCGACCGCAGCCGAGAUCUCUCCUUCCUGAGGUCGAUCCGGGAGGUGACUGGAUAUGUGCUGGUGGCCCUCAACCAGUUUGACUAUUUGCCUCUGGAGAACCUCCGCAUUAUCCGUGGCACCAAGCUCUAUGAAGACCGCUACGCCUUGGCCAUCUUCCUCAACUACCGGCGCGAUGGAAACUUUGGCCUUCGCCAGCUUGGCCUCAAGAACCUCACAGAGAUCCUCCAUGGUGGCGUGUAUGUGCACAACAACAAGUUCCUGUGCCACGCGGACAUCAUCCACUGGCAGGACAUUGUGAAGAGCGCCCCCUCUGAUCAGCUGGAGGUGCCCAGGAACAGCAGCAACACAUGCCCCAGGUGCCAUUCUUCCUGUUACGGCCGCUGCUGGGGACCAAAAGAGGACCAGUGCCAGACCCUGACCAAGACGCUGUGUGCUGAGCAGUGCGACGGCCGCUGCUUCGGCCCCUACGUGAGCAAUUGCUGCCAUCGGGAGUGUGCUGGAGGCUGCUCAGGACCAAAGGACACCGACUGCUUUGCCUGUACUAAUUUCAAUGACAGUGGAGCGUGUGUGACUCAGUGCCCUCAGCCUCUGGUCUACAACCCAAACUCCUUCCAGCUGGAGCAGAACCCAGCCGCCAAGUACACCUAUGGAGCCUUCUGCGUCAAGAAGUGUCCACAUAACUUUGUGGUGGACCACAGCUCCUGUGUCCGAGCCUGUCCAAGCAGCAAGACAGAGGUGGAGGAGAAUCGGGUUAAGAAGUGUAUUCCUUGUACCAGCAUCUGCCCCAAAGCAUGUGAUGGCAUCGGCACAGCCAGUCUGCAGACGGCUCAGACUGUGGACUCCAGCAACAUUGACCGCUUCAUCAACUGCACUAAGAUUAACGGCAACCUGGUGUUCCUGAUCACCGGUAUCAAGGGGGACUCUUAUCAUAACAUCAAGCCUCUGGAUCCAGAGAAGCUCAGUGUAUUCCAAACUGUCAGGGAGAUCACAGGGUUCCUGAACAUCCAGUCUUGGCCAGAGAACAUGACCGAUCUCAGUGUGUUCUCCAACUUGGCAACCAUCGGUGGGAGAUCCCUUUACAGUGGCAUCUCUCUGCUGGUGCUGAAGCAGCAAUGGAUCUCCUCCCUCCGGCUCCAGUCUCUACGGGAGAUCAGUGCUGGCAACGUCUACGUGACCAACAACAGCCAGCUGUGCUACUACAACACGGUCAAUUGGACCGGCCUCUUCCGCACCAACACACAGAAGGUCCUCGUACGCAACAACCGCGACCCCAAAGAAUGCACCAAGAGGCGGAUGGUGUGUGACCCGCUGUGCUCGGACGCUGGGUGCUGGGGCCCGGGGCCCAACCAGUGCCUGUCCUGCCGCUACUUCAGCAGAGGACACACCUGCGUGGAGUCCUGCAACCUCUACGGCGGGGAUGUGCGUGAGUUUGCUAAUGGCUCGGUGUGUCUGGAGUGUGACCCUCAGUGUGAGAAGUCCGAGGACGAGUCUCUGACCUGCACUGGACCGGGACCCGAUCACUGUGUGAAAUGCCGGCACUUCAAAGACGGCCCCAACUGUGUGGAGAAAUGCCCUGAUGGAGUGCAGGGCGCCAACAGCUUCAUCUUCAAAUACGCCGAGGCCAACAGCGAGUGCCACCCCUGCCACGCCAACUGCACUCAGGGGUGUCUUGGACCCCGACUACAAGACUGCAUUGGCAUCAUGGACAGGACUCCCCUGAUUGCGGCGGGGGUGAUUGGUGGGCUGUUCGUGGUGGUGAUUGUGGGGCUGAGUGUGGCCGUGUCCCUGCGCCGCAAGAACAUCAAGAAGAAGAGAGCCCUCCGCCGCUUCCUGGAGACCGAGCUGGUGGAGCCGCUGACCCCGAGCGGAACAGCCCCCAACCAGGCCCAGCUGCGCAUCCUCAAGGAGACGGAACUCAAGAGGGUCAAGAUCCUGGGCUCAGGAGCCUUUGGGACUGUCUACAAGGGCAUCUGGGUGCCAGAGGGAGAGACCGUGAAGAUCCCGGUGGCCAUAAAGAUCCUGAACGAGGCCACCGGACCCAAAGCCAACGUGGAAUUCAUGGACGAGGCUCUGAUCAUGGCCAGUAUGGAGCACCCCCACCUGGUGCGUCUGCUGGGCGUGUGCCUGAGCCCCACCAUCCAGCUGGUGACGCAGCUCAUGCCGCACGGCUGCCUGCUGGACUACGUGCACGAGCACAAGGACAACAUCGGCUCCCAGCUGCUGCUCAACUGGUGUGUCCAGAUCGCCAAGGGCAUGAUGUACCUGGAGGAGAGGAGGCUGGUGCACAGAGACUUGGCUGCGCGGAACGUGCUGGUCAAAUCCCCCAACCACAUCAAGAUCACAGACUUCGGCCUGGCACGCCUCCUGGACGCAGACGAGAAGGAGUACAACGCCGACGGAGGAAAGAUGCCAAUCAAGUGGAUGGCCUUGGAAUGUAUCCACUACAGAAAGUUCACCCACCAGAGUGAUGUGUGGAGCUACGGAGUGACCAUCUGGGAGCUGAUGACUUUUGGAGGGAAGCCGUAUGACGGAAUCCCCACCCGCGAGAUCCCAGACCUGCUGGAGAAGGGCGAGCGUCUGCCCCAGCCUCCCAUCUGCACCAUCGACGUCUACAUGGUCAUGGUCAAAUGCUGGAUGAUCGACGCAGACAGCAGGCCCAGGUUUAAGGAGCUUGCCGGAGAGUUCUGCAGAAUGGCCCGCGACCCACAGCGCUACCUGGUGAUCCAGAACAAGAGGCUGAGUCCAGAUGGACUGGCCAGGCCUAAUGCUGGUGUUGACGAGUUCCCGAUGUCCGUUCAGGGGGAUGACCGCAUGAAGCUGCCCAGUCCCAACGACAGCAAGUUCUUCCAGAGCCUUCUGGACGAGGAGGAGCUGGAGGACCUGAUGGACGCUGACGAGUACCUGGUGCCCCACGGCCUCAACAUCCCCCCUCUGGCCUACACCCCCCGCACACGCAUGGACUCCAACCGGAACCAGUUUUUGUACCAGGACAGCAGCUUUGCUAGGGAGGAGAUGAUGAUGACCAUCCCUCGGGUGGUGGCCGUGACGGCCCUCUCCCCCGCCUGCUCCUCCGUCACCGACUCGUCCGUGACCCCCAGCACCGUCUCCGAGGCCUUCCCCGACCCCCGCUGCAACGGCACCCUGCGCAAGCAGCCGCAGCAACCCCUGGUGAGGCCCGGCCCACCGGACGACAGCAACGGCCAACGCUACAGCGCCGACCCCACCGUGCUGCUGGGGGAGCGGGCAGCCAGGGGCGAGACGGACGAGGACGGCUACAUGACCGCCACACAGGACAAGAACCCCACAGACUAUCUGAACCCUGUGGAGGAGAACCCCUUUGUCACGCGCCGCAGAAACGGAGACGUCCACGGAGUGGAUGUCCAGGGGUACCACAGCGCCCCCAACGGGCAGCCCAAGGGAGAGGAUGAGUACGUCAACGACCCUCUCUACCUCAACACCUUCCACAACUCCGGAGAGAAGAGCCAGGACACUCUUCGGAAGAACGGCAUUCCUCUGUCCCACAUGGUGGCGGGCGGCGCUGGUGCCACUCUCGGCCCCCAGCACCCCAUCCAGGCCGGCCACCCGCCGCACAGCGGUCUGUCGGAGCACCCCCUGCGCCCGCACCUGCUGUCACAGCCUCCCUACCCGGCGCCUCCGUCCCUCAGCGCGCUGUCCAGCCACACGCUGCACCCGGCCCACGCCGGACACACGCUGCACCCGGCCCACACGCUGCACCCCGCGCACACCGGCACCAUCAUGGCCGACAAGAAGCCCAAAAAGACCUUCGACAAUCCCGAGUACUGGCAGCACAGCCUCCCCCCCAAGGCCACGCUGCACAACCCCGAGUACCUGCAGGACUGCAGCACGCGCUUCUUCUACCGCCAGAACGGACGCAUCCGGCCCGCCGUGGCCGAGAACCAGGAGUACCUGUCGGAGUUCGCCCUCAAGCCCGGCACCGCACUGCCCCCCCCGCCCUACAGACAGAGGAACACUGUGGUGUAG